AUGCGUCGCUGUGGUCCGCCGGCGGCUCUGUCGCUUCUCCUGCUUUUCUGCCUCGCUGUGCAACUUUUCUGCCCGCCUCAGCUGGUCGAUGACGACUUCCGGCAGAUCAUCAAGUCUUUCAACGAGCCUGAAACGGUCACCGUCUCGUACAAGGUUCAUUUUUUUCUUCUUCAGUUUUAACAACUACUAUUCAGAGGAAAACCAUGUUCGAAAAGUUCAUAGCCGAGGAGUUUUAUCGGGAGAAACCGACACGAGCCCGAGCCCUCGAGGACAUUCGCAAAGUCGUCCAGUACAACUCGGACGUUUUCUUUUCGACAGAAAUAAUGAUAAUUAUUUGAAAUUACAGAGAACGCCUGAAAGUAUCUACGAAUAUCGUGCUGCACACGAGAUUUGCGCUCAAGAAGACGCUUGCCUGCCGCCUUUUGUUGAUAUCGCGCCCCUCUUGGCAGUAAGCUUCGAAUUUAUUUAGUUGGACCUAUAAAAAUGCAGAAAAUUUUCGAGAAAGGUGGAGAAAUUUUCCAAAAGCUCAUGAAAGCUUGUUUCAUCAGUGACAGGUUCCGAAAAUGAGAAAAAAAAAAUCCCAAAGGAGUCAAAAAGUGAAGGUUUUUUGAACUUUUGAGUCGAGCUUGUUUUUUUUUCAAGGCUUCAUAGGAUUCUUUUCAUUUCAAACUUUACAGCAAAAAACAAUUCAGACAUCGCCAAAAAAGAAGAUCAUGGCAUGCUUAGUUCAAAAAACCAUGUCUACAGUCCUUUCAUCCAUUUUAUGCUAUUUGGAUCAACCGGAAGAGUUCGUGCUCGCCAAAAGAAGCAUACUCAGAGAGCAUCCCCGCAUAAGGUUUGAUUUCGAUAAAUUACUUUUUCAAAAAAACCCCUACAAAAAAAAGUUCUUCUUUGAAAAAAAGAUACUAUUUAGAGACCGUUCUGGAUCCUUAUAAUUUUUUGAGGCAAUUAACUUUUUAAAUCCACAAUUUCCUUUAAAUAUCUUGAUUUUUAAGGUUCUGCGCCGGGGACAACGAGUUCCGGUCGAUGGAAAAGAUGAGAAAAAGCUUGAAAAUCACUGCGCGGCAGCUGAACGCUUGGAAGUUCCUUCUACUGACCCGAGAUCCUGUGGAUCGAUUUCUCAGUGGAUUUAUUGACCAGUGUAUCAGGUGGGGUUCCUAGAUGAGCUUUGGAAAAAAAAGAUGCAGCAAUAAGACUUGCUUACUCCGUGCCUACAGUAUCUUUAGCGUCAAAACUUUUUUUUUUUCCAAAAACCUCCUCGAAUAACUUUCAGAAGAGGCGACCCGUGCUUUGGAUGCGGCUACAACAUGACUUGUUUCCUCGAAACCGAACUUCAAAGGCAUUUUCUCACGAAAUAACAGUGGAAACCAGUUUUUUUAGAGGACUUCAAUUUGUCCAGACGGGCGAUCCUGAGGUCACGGGUGUCGAUAUUCACAUUUACCCACAAAACUGGUUUGUAUUGAACUUUAUGGUUUUCGAGAAAAAUUGAAUGACCACUGUAGCACUUACGCUCUCUGAAUGAUCUCUAAAGAUGUCAAAAUGAAAUGAGUUCAUUGAGGAAGUGGUAAAGUGGGGGAGGAAAAAAAGGUGGGCACUCGGAUUUUUUUAUUUCUUAUACUUAUAAGUAAACUCUUGCUAUUUUUUCCUCACUUAAACUUUUGAUUAAUAUCUUCUUAACUGAAACCUAGACGAGAUAGUCUGUCCAGUUUUUUUUAAUUCAAGUCUUGGCUCAAGCUCCGCCCCUAAUGGCACGAUAAACCAAUCAGAAAGCGAGUCAUUUACAGAGCUUUUGGGAAUGACGUCAUUGUACUUGAAAUUCAAAAUCUGAACAGAAUAUAUCUCCAAGAAACUCCUCCUAGUUUUUUUUUUUUGCUUUUGAAUAAAAUUCUCAAGUUACAAUACUUGUGAUCUAUUUAAAUUUUAGAUAUGAAAAAAAUUUGAAUUUAAAAUGAUUCAGGCGCUGUGACCUCAAACGCUACCAUUCCUACUACACCUUCAUCCGGUACUCCAACAAGCCUCAAGGGACACUCCUUCGGGACUUGGCAGCUGCAUUUCGAGACAGAAACGUGAGUUCAGACUUGAGACGUUACUUUUCAAAUGGUCAAAAAUUUAGACGUCUCUCAUUUUUUUUUAAAUCGCAACCUGGUGGUUAACUGAUUAUAUUUAAAUAAUCUUCCAAAAUCUCAUUUUUACAUGUUUUUUCUUCAAUGACCACGCCCACCUUCAGGUCUCCGAAUCGUCCAUCCGUUACAUAACCAAAUCCUUGCUGUCCGGUCGGACGAAGCACUCGACGGUCACUUCGGCGACGCGAAAGUUCUUGGAGCAUCGCCUGAAGACGAGUCCUUACCUGAUGGAACUCAUAGUUAGGUAAGCAAAUAACUUUUUUCUUUAUAGGUGUAAUAGUUUGUUUUUUUAUAAAUAAAAAAAUUCCAGACUUUUCUAUUACGACUACAUCCAUCUCAAUUAUCCGAUUCCCGACUACACUCAACUUGGAACCUUUUGA